AUGCCUAUAAUUGCGGGAGUCAUUUCCUUCCAGAUGUGGGAAGUUGGCAAAACGGACAAGCGCAGUGAGGCUGAAAGCCAACAUCCGUUCCCCGAUUUUAUGCAUGACAAUGUUGAUGGGUUUUCCCCUAUGGACAAUAUCUCUAUGACCAUUGAUAAGCAUCUUUCAAUGACAGGAAAGCCUCAUCCAAAAGUCGAUAGGCUUUCUACAAACGUCGAGGGCCUCUCAGCCACGGUUGAGACGCUUUCUUCCAGUGUCAAUAGCAUGUCAUCUGCCAUCGAAAGCCUAUCUGCAAAAGUGGUCAGCACAUCUCUGGCGGUUGAUAGCCUUAAUGCAAAGACCAAUCAAAUUGCUGAUACUAUUGGCAACCUGUCUGAGACUGUGGAUGAAAUUGUCAAAUGAGAACGGAUAGCAAUGGAGAGGUUUGGCAAAUUCCCGAGCCAAGAGGGCCGGCCUAGUCCUAUUGCCUUUCGGCGGCCUUGAUAUGGUAUACUAUUUGUUCACUGAUCUUCCCUUGUGUGACGGCCUGGUCACGUUGGUUGGCUAUCAUGUGAGGUGCAGUUGUUUGUUUUGUUGAUAACUACAGCAUUACCUUCUUUCUUCCUUCCUCAUGUCAAUUAUUCUCGUCGAUAGCUACCUAGGUAGAGCCUGUGCGUUGGAUGUUCUGUUACCUUAGCUGAGCCCGUGACACCUUGCCCUUUUCUUUAUUUCAAAUUCCAAAGCAGCCUUCAUCGCGACACCUAGUCAGAAUGGGCAGAUCAAUAUGGGAAUGGAUUUAUAUGUGAUAUAGAGAAGUAGAGACAAUUAAGAAGAGGUAAU